UAUUCUCCUCCACUACUCUUUGGCUUUGUUUAUUUGUUUUGUAUACUAGGGUUUCCAAUAUGUAAUAAAACAACUCAGUAAACAUCUGUUAUUGGCAUUUACUUUCUGAUUCUCGUUAGUGAAACAUCGUAUUUUAUUUUUUUAAAUUUUUGGUGAAAAUGAAGUUGUUAUUAUUUGUUGGGCUGAUUGCAGCAUGCCAAGCUGUCUCGUUCUUUGAUCUUAUUUUAGAAGAAUGGAGCACAUUUAAGAUGACUCAUCGCAAACAAUAUGAAAGUGAAAUCGAAGAUAAAUUCCGCAUGAAAAUAUUUAUGGAAAAUAAAAAUAAAAUUGCUAAACAUAAUAAACAAUAUGAACUUGGUUUAGUAUCAUAUAAAUUAGCACUUAAUCAAUAUGGUGAUAUGUUACAUCAUGAAUUUAUUAGCACUUUAAAUGGUUUCAAUAAGUCAACAUCAAGAUUGUUACGUGGCGAUGAACCAAAUGAAGCUAUUACAUAUAUUGAACCAGCUAAUGUUGAAGUACCUGCAAAUGUUGAUUGGCGUGAACAAGGUGCUGUAACACCUGUUAAAAAUCAAGGACAUUGUGGAUCAUGUUGGUCAUUCAGUGCUACUGGAGCUUUGGAAGGACAACAUUUCCGAUCAACUGGUAAAUUAGUAUCAUUAAGUGAACAAAAUUUGAUUGAUUGUUCAAAAAAAUACGGAAAUGACGGUUGUAAUGGUGGACUUAUGGACUUAGCUUUCAAAUACAUUAAAAAUAAUGGUGGAAUUGAUACAGAAAAAACUUAUCCAUAUCAAGCCGAAGAUGAAAAGUGCAGAUAUACGGCAAAGAAUUCUGGUGCCACAGAUAAAGGAUACGUAGACCUUCCAUCUGGUGAUGAGAAAAAAUUAAAAUCAGCUGUUGCUACAAUUGGUCCAAUUUCAGUUGCAAUUGAUGCUAGUCAUGAAUCAUUCCAAUUUUACUCAGAAGGCAUCUAUUUUGAAAAAGAAUGCAGCUCAGAGCAAUUAGAUCAUGGUGUACUUGUCGUAGGAUAUGGUACCGAUGAGGAUAAUAAACAUUAUUGGAUUGUAAAGAAUUCAUGGGGUGAAACAUGGGGUGACAAAGGUUACAUCAAAAUGGCCCGUAACAAGAAAAAUAACUGUGGUAUUGCAACACAAGCAAGUUACCCAUUAGUGUAAAUUUUCGAAAAAACAUUUGUUAGCUAAUUAGCAGCUCUCUAUCAAUCUCAAAUAAUUUCCAUUUCGUGUGUGAUUUUAAAAAUAAGUUUUAAUAUUUAAGUGGUAAUCGAUCGUAUGUUUUGUUAAAUGUAUUUUUAUUAUUU